AUGUCGGAGGACCCGGCGCUGCUACACCGCUACCCCGGGGCCCUCGGCCUGCCCACAGUGGAUCCCCAGGCCUUGGCGCUCGAGACCGCCCUGCGCUUUUUGCAGGUGCGGUACGUCAAAAAGGACGCCGCGAUGCGGGAUUUGCGCAUGGUGAUCCCCCCUUCCCGCGAUUCCCCCCCCGAGAAGGACAGGCCGGCGGAGCCCAUCACCCUCCACGGCUUUCGCGACUGCAUGCGCUACCUCAGCGCGCUCACCGACGUCGACGUCGUCCAGAGCGACCACCAACACGUCGGGGCCUGCGUGGAGGGGAUCGCGACGACUUGCCUCUUCCCCGCCUUCACCUUUUUCGUCCACUUCGAGCCCAAUCUCUUUCACUACGGCCUGCGAAAGGUGGUGGUGCCGAAGGUCGGGGGGUUUUGGGAGCGCCUGAGCGGCUCCUUUCGGCGGAAUAUCCUCCGAUCGAACGUCUUUUCCUAUGUGGAGGGCGCGGCGCACGGCCCGACCCCUUUUCGGACGGAGUCUCGCCAAGUCGCCGAGGUCCUCGGGGAGGUCGAGAAGGCCUUUCGCGCCCUGGAGCGGCUCCAUUUGUCGUACGCGCGAACGGACGAGACCUUCUUCUCCGGGACCUCCUCCCCUUCCAGCACCGACGCCUACGUCUACGCGGGGGUUUCGUCAUUUUUGCACGCCGACUUUGGCGGCCCCCACGGCUCCCCCCAACUCGCCGCCUUCCAGGCCACCGUGAAGGAGGAGUGCGCGCACCUCGUGAAGUACGUCGAGUGGAUGCGGCAGAUGUUUUACGAGGACUAUAACGGGAAAUAUGGCCUUAAAAAGACAACCGCGGUCGCCACGGCGGAGAUGGUAGCGGCGGCCGCGGAGGACGCCUACGCUAGUGGGCGCACUCGCGUACUUUUCACAACCGGCGUCUUUGCAUUUCUGUAUUUUAUCUUUGCCAAUUCUGACGUUAUCGUGUCUUUGUUAGAGGAAGUUCUUAGUAGCGACAAAGUCGACAUGGUGACCUCAGAGCCUGAGGAGGAAAAUCAAAGAGAGGAACCGAAUCUUUAA